AACAACACUGCAUCAAACAGUCGCACCAUAUGUGUGUUGGAGAAAAAGUGAGACAUGAUGUGGAUUACUCUGUUUCUGGUGACACUUGUGUGGGUUUCAACAACCCAAGCUGAUGAUCCUAGAUCUGUAACACCAGAGGCAAAUGAUGUCACUUAUGGUACUGUGUCACCCAGCCCGAGGGACUCUGACUCAACCUACUACUGUGAAAACGUCCUCAGAGACUGUGAAACUGACGUCCUCUGGAUCAGGUGUUAUGAGAAAGGAAUUGGGAGCUGUAUACCAAAACGACGUGGGCCUAUAAGAGACUUCAUUCUUCUGCAGGCAAACUCGUCUCAAGAGGCUGAAGUGAGUCCCACUUCUAAACACAGGGUUUACAUUCCAUCCUCAGCUCUCAGGAGAAGCAGAGGAGAUGAGUCUCAGGAGGAGGAGGUACGGCUGGUGGCCUCUGUGGUCAACAGCACUUUCUUCAAGCUGAGUCCCUCUCAGAGAAGACCACGUGUGAAACUUUUCACACCAGUCCACAUACAAGGCACUGUUCUGGGGGGGUUAGUUCUGGUAGUGAAGGCAGGGAAGUAUGCUGUCCAAAACCUUCCAGAGCCUGUCAAAUUAAACUUCCAACACAACAAAGAGGAGGUGAAUGGGACGUGUGUGUUUUGGCAGGAGUCAGAUCUUGACAAUACAACAGGUCAUUGGAGUGCAGUCGGCUGUGAGACCAGUGACACAGGAACUGAAUUUAUUUGCAGUUGCAACCACCUGAGCUUCUUUGCUGUGCUUGUGAAUCCUGAAUUAUCCGUGGAUGAAAGUGACGCUGUGAACCUUAGCUACAUCACUUACACUGGAUCAGCACUUUCCAUCUUCUUCACAGUUAUCAGCUUGAUCCUCUACAUAUGUCUACAACGGCGACGUCCAGAGAAGGCCAUCGGUGUGCAUUUGCAACUGACAGUAGCACUGCUGUGCCUCCACAUCAUCUUCCUGCUGUCCAACCUCUGGGUGUGGCAGCUGAAUGAGACUGAGGACGGCUGGGUUUGCAGGGGUUUGGGUCUCCUUUUACACUGGUCCCUACUGGCCACCUUCAGCUGGGCAGCUCUGGAGGGAUUCCACCUCUACCUUCUCCUAAUCCGAGUCUUUAACAUCUACGUCAGGAGAUACCUGCUCAAACUCAGCCUGGUGGGAUGGGGUCUUCCAACACUGAUUGCAGUGGUUUGUGGGAUUUCAGGUGUUUACGGCAAAUUCAGUCCAGAAUCGGAGGGUGUCAGCAUCAGCAACUCACCAAUGCAGUUAUGCUGGAUGAGCAGACACAGGCUUUUAGUCAGCUACAUCACCACUGUUGCCUACCCAUGCCUUGUGAUACUGUGCAAUUCCUGCAUGCUGGGCCUGGUGGUGUUUAAGCUCUGGGGGCUAAGGGCAGGUAACGGAGCCAUUGGAAGCAGUAGUGGCUGGAGGAAGACGAAGAGAGAGAAUAGGAGCAAGUUAUGGAAGGACUGUGCCACAGUGCUGGGUCUCAGCUGCUUGCUGGGCUUACCUUGGGGGUUAGCAACCAUCAGCUACGUCUCCAUCCCUGGAAUCUACAUAUUCACAAUACUAAUCUCCCUGCAGGGUGUAUACAUGUUCCUGUGGUCCGUGGCUUUGAACCGCAAGUCUCGAUCUGACUAUAACUCCUCAACCAAAGACCCUUCCUCUCAGAAAGUGAUGACCACCAGUUUCAAUAAUUGAUAUUCACACCUGACACAAAUGUAUUAUCCAUUGCCUAUAGUAGGUGUUUACAUGCCUUUGGACUGCAGCCGUUGAAUGAUAACUGACAAUAAUGCAUCAAACAUGCAUCAUGAACAGUAACCCCUUCUAAUUAUUUAUUGUUUCUAUGAUUCUUAUGGUUACAGUAGGUCGUCAGUGGUGAAUCACUGAAUGAAAAAAAUCUCUGUCUUUUCUGUAAGCAUUAUAAUACAUGUCAAGAUCAGGAGGACAACUUUGUUAAAGCAGCGCAGACACCGUGGAUCCUACAGAUGUUGUUUGCUAAUGUGCUUCCAAAGAUUAACACAGAUAUGUUACAUUUGUUACAGAAACUGUCUAAUAAAAAGGACACAGUACAAGUUCAUCUUUGUCCAGUAUAGCA